AUGGCCUUCCGAAUCGUCUUUGCAGCAUUCCUUGCUGCCGUCGAAGCAGCACGGUACGGAGACAAUCGCGAUGCCGUACGACUUGAUCCUCCUCAAGUUGAAGCCAGCUUCCCGGCGCCAAAUAUGACACUUCUUUCUCCUGCGUUUCUACAGACGAACUCCGUCCCAGCGGGCUUUUCCAACGGUACCGAGGGUCCGACGCCUCAAGCAGUGUUGGAGCAGUAUGUUCAAGAUCUGGCGGGCAGAAAUCCUUGGAUGCAUUACAUGCCCGCGGACUAUACUUCGGAGGAAGGCCGAAUGUUCCCAUACGUCUACCUCUCGACUCAAUCCGGCAAUGCGACCAGCGCCAGCUACAGCCAGAAAGUAAGAAUAUGGAUUCAAGGCGGAGUCCACGGCAAUGAGCCAGCGGGUGAUCAAGCAGUGCUCGCACUCCUCGGCAAGAUGGACGCCAAUCAGACCUGGACCGCAUCUGUUCUCGACAAGGCAGACAUCAUGGUCCUCCCUCGUUACAAUCCCGAUGGGGUUCAUUACUUCCAACGAGUCCUCGCCUCCGGCUUCGACCCGAAUCGAGACCACAUCAAACUCGCCAGGCAACAAACAAGGGACAUUAAGCAGACAUUCUCAGCCUUUGCUCCGCACGUAGCUGUCGAUAUGCAUGAAUUCAAAGCAUCGGCUCGAUACGGCGGUCUCUACAACCCAGGCGUAGACGCCAUGAUCGCCGCCGCGAAGAACCUCAACAUCGAAUCCAGCAUCCGCGAGAUGUCGGAAAAGCUAUUCGUGCCGGCGAUUGGAGCCACUCUCGAGUCUAGAGGUCUUCGCUGGGGACCGUACGCUACUGCCAAAGAAAGUUUCAAUACUAGCUCGAGGAUCGUCUACGAAGAAGCAGAUUCAUUUCCUAGGAUCGGCCGCAACGCCAUGGGCCUGUCCCAGUGCAUCGCGUACUUAUUCGAAUGUCGUGGGCUCGGCAUCGCCAACCAAGAGUUCGCCCGCCGAACAUACACCGGCUUGAGCUUGCUCGAGGGCACCAUCCAAACCGCAGUCGAUAACGCAGACAACGUGAUACGAACAGUCGAGUCCGGCAUCCAAACCUUCAUUAACAGCAAUGACCCCAUCGUAGUUAUGGACACUACGAAAAAGUCCCAGCGAAACUUCACCAUGGUCGAAUACGAAUCCGGCAAAAUCGUCCAAGUCGAAACGGAUUUCUACUCCACCACCCCGACGACCACGAACCGCACCGCCACUCGUCCAGAAGCAUACAUCAUCCCCCGCGCGUGGGCCGAUCUCGUCACUCGACUUCGAAUCUCCGGUGUGGAAGUCGAGACUUUACCCGACACCUUCAGCGGGACGGCAGAGGCAUACAACAUCACCGCCUCAGUACUCGGGAGGUCGUACUUUGAAGGUGUGGUGAGAGCAUAUGUCACCGCGGAGCCGAAGAACGUUACGAUCGAGUUGCCGGCUGGGAGUUUCAGGGUUAGUACGAGGCAGAAGAAUGCGGCACUGGCGAUGGUGGCGCUGGAGCCGGAGGGGCCGGAUAGUUAUGUUACAUUUGGGAUUGUACCGGUGGAGGUGGGGGAUGAGUAUCCAAUUUAUCGCUCGUUCUCUUGA